AUGCGGAAGCGUAGUCCAAUGGUGGUGGACGUUGAAAGGUCUUCCACUUCUCCACACGGAAUACUUCACCACCUUGAAGCGAUGAGAAGGCCACCCGUAGAACGCGAACAUCCUGCGUACGGGCCAUGCAAGAAAUUUUUAAACUACUUGCGGGACACCUUGCUCGGCGGCCAUUCAAGACAAUGUCCAGCGAACAACCAACACCGCCGAGAACUACCACGGAAGGCUGAGGAAAAUUCUCGGCAAGAAACAUCCACCUCUAGCGCAGCUGAUAUUGACCUUCCGCAGCUUUACGCUAAUGUCAAACGGGACUUUGGCAAGAAUGGAAUUGAGAAGGAGCGAGCCCAAGAUGCUUAG